GCAGAAUUAUAUAUGUAAUCGAAGAUACAAAUAUUUACAAAAAUAUUGGACGCCAUGUGUCGAAAAAGACGUGAUUUCCCCUCAAAUCACCUUUCUUUCUACAAUGUCCACUAAUUUCCUACAGAUAAGCGAUGUAGGCCUUGAAUUUGAAAGCAGAAACAAGCUUGGCGCACAAAGUAGCGUGCGUCAUGACGUUAGCGCAGGGCUCGACUCGGAGUCGCUGGGAGGGGGAGCGUUCAAUGUGAAGCAGAACAGAAAGCCUCGGAGUGAGGGGAGGUACAGCAGUAUCGGGGAUGGAUUGGAGUCACGGAUCAGUAUUGAAGCAAAGGGAAAAAUUGACAGACUUCUGGGAGAAAUAAAGAAUUUGUCAGACGUGGAGAAAUUUGUGUUGUAUCUGAAGCUUCCGACCGGAGAUACAUCUUCUGAGGACCUGAGAAGAACGCCCACCCCUUACUCCAAGCAGGCUAACAGAGUAGAGCAGAGUCUGGCCUACACCUGGAUAAAAUCUCACCUGGAGGAAGAUAUAGAAAUCUGUCUACCCAAACAAGAGGUCUAUGAUGAAUACAAGUUAUACUGUGAGAACCACAGUCUUGUGCCCCUCUGUAACGCUGACUUUGGGAAGCUGAUGAAGACUGUAUUCCCCAAUGUCAAACCAAGGAGACUCGGACAAAGAGGACAAUCAAGGUACUGCUAUGGAGGCUUGAGGAAGAAGUUGGAUGUUGAGGCGCCAUCGUUACCAGAAAUAGACAUCAGCGCUCCCCAAGACAAGGAUGAGAAGACAGAGGAUAACCACCUGUUUGGGGCGUCAUGUGACCUGGUGAUGGAGUGGGCAAUGAAGCUUUUGGAACAGAAUUUUAGCGGAAUGCGGGAACUGGCGGAGUAUCUGGUGUCAAGUCUGUUUGUCAACAGCAAGUCUGUGUCUGCCUUCACUGUCAUAGCAGCCAUGGAGGAGACAGGGGCCCAAAAAGCUCCGUCCAUGUUCUCUAACACAACAGGUGGGGAUCGUCACCGGGAGACCCAGUUACAGCUACAGAGGAAGCUCCACGAACGCGAGAAUGUGACGCGACAGAAAAAGAAACUACAGCAGAUGAAGGAGGAUAACAUAGCAAGACAGAGGCAGGACAGACAGACGCCGCAGAUAACAUCUCCUACUACGCCACAGGAGCUGGUAUCGCCUCGUAAAAUAUUUGAUGAAACAGAGGACAGUGAGAUGAGAUCACACUCCGGUCUGUCCUCAAUCCAGGAGACACACUCCGGUCGGUCCUCAAUCCAGGAGCUGUGUGGAGUCCGGCCUCAACGACAAAGAUCAACGUCAACCUCCCGACGAAAACGGACCAAGUCAGUCACACCACAAGACCCCACAGAAAAGGGAGGGGGAACCAGCUCAGGGGAGGAGAUGGCUCAACAUGUUACAAAGGAGUCAACGAAGGAGGACCAGAUUAAUUUGGACCAAGGCAUUAUGGGAAGAAUGUCAGUAGAUUCAGACUUGAGGAGGAAUUCGGAGUCAGAUUCCACUGUGGAGAUGAUGACUGUGGAAGACUUGGUGUUUCAGAGUGAGAAGUUGAGGGAAGAAAGCUGGAGGAUUGGAGAGAAUAAGGUGGAAGAUAUGGAGGGAAUAGAAAGAAUCCCAGAGUUUAAAGGUGAUAGAAGCCAGAAAUCCAUUCCUAUAACUUCUCUAUUGUCAGAGGAGUCCAUAUUUCAGCUGCCACCUCUUUGUGCGGGAGGUAACUCUUCUAUGUUAGAAGAUAAGGCAGCUCAGCAUGUAAAUAUAGCACAGGUCACUUGUCAUCCAUCAGAAGAAAGCGGGCAUUCUCAAGUGAAUCGGGAGACUGCACGUCAAUCAUUUCUGGUCAAUUCUGAACAGGAUAUAGGAGUGAUUCCUAGUGUUGUGAACGUUCAAUUGAGUGCAUCUCCAGAUCACCAACAACAGAAUCCAGAUUUAAAAUCCGGAUCCUGCUCAGGUGCCAUUGAAUCCAUAUCAGUUCCAGUCAGCUCAAAACCAACCCAUCCAUCCACCACACCACCACAACUCAGCUUCCUUCAAAAGGAACCACAAACCAUCCCCAAAACAUCUGUCUCAAACCGCAGUGCAUUUGUUCCCUUCUCACAAGUCAGGAAAGAUAAUCCAGAUGAGGAUCCUGAUAUUUUUUCAGAUCCAGAUGGAAGUCUCUGUCUGACUGACAAGGCUCAAACAAUUCUGAUCACAGAAAAUGGAAAACAGUUCAUCAUCAUGACUCCAAGGCCUAACAUGUUAAACCUCCCAACCAGUACCGAUCCACAGGAUUCACAAAACCAGAUAGUCCCAAUUACACUGAGCUCAAACCUACCCUCCACUCCAGUCAAGUCAAGUGGGACAGCAGCUCAAGCUGAACCUCAGUCACCAACCACUCCAAAGAAAAACCGGUCUAGGUUCACACCCAUACGUCCAAAAGGUUCGCCUGCCAAAACUGUCUCCUCCAUACUGAAAGAACAGAAGUACCCUGAAAAACCAGACUCUGAGAAGAUAGACCGAUCCAAGUCAGUAUCUACCCUGCUAAAGGAAAAACGAGAAAGGGAAGCCAAGAUGCAGUUUUCUGUUUCAACUAGUGUUGUCCCAGCAGUGAGUGUGGCCAGUGUAGGAGCCCUUACUGCAGUACCAGCCACCUCUCUUUCUCUGCCAAGUAAAGAAAAUCCACACGGUGAAUACAUCAUAAUUCUGAACCCUGUCAACCCUGGAUUAGGCAAAGUUUCCCUGACAAGUGAGUCUGUGACGUCUGUAACCACAACCCUAACUACAGCGUCCAGUCACAGAUCCAUGGAGUGUUCCAGCUCCACUCUGGAUCCUGGUCAGAGGAGAGAGAGGAGUCGCACAGCCUCUCUAUCAGAAUGUGAAAUAACGAGUCCCAGCACCCUGGACAAUCUAAACAGCUCGGAUCUCUCUGAUUCUUCUGUUGGAGACGAGAAGCCAUCAAAGUUGGCAAAAAUUGUGGACAGCGAUCAGAAUGUCUCCUCCCGUCCAGGUAGCAGGUGCUCCGUAGAUCGGGAAACUCCGUCCAUUCUCGGUCGUAAGAGAAAGCUGUUCAGCUCUCAGUCUAUAGAGGGCAGUAGCUUUAUAGAAAGGCUGACACAGAGAGUUUCCAGUCAUGAGGAAGAUACAGACUUCACGAUGGAAGACGACAGGAGAGCUUUGUCCUGUAGCUUGGAUGAUAAGGAGAGGUAUUCCCAAAGAGAGGUUUCCAGGGCAUUUGAUGACAAAUUGAAAUUAGCAGAGAAACGAAACUAUCCAGACAUCUCUGUCUUGGAAUCUGAUGCACUUAAAGAUGUCUGCAUUCCUGAUCCGUCCAACAUUAUCAAGAAGGGGAAGGAACUCUGUAAACAAAAGCAGGAUACUGGUGUUGGAGUUACCUCCCUUUCUUUGAGAAAAUCUCAACAGAGGUUACUUGAAGAAAAACCAAGAUUAGAUGAAAGAAUGAAAUCCUUUUUCCAGUUGAAAGAAACAGUUCAGCCAGAGAAGACAGAGGAAAUUCAGGACAGCGAGCUACCUCCAGAUGUAGCAGAGUUUAUCACAGACAGCAUGACGCAGGCUCAUUUAGGUGAGCAGAUGGAGGUCAGCAUGGAUCCAGUCAGAUCACGCAGUCUAUCUCGGCAGGAGGUAGUGCAGGAAAUCUGUAAAAGUCUGCAAAACAUUCCGUGUAACCCUUCGGUUCUGCAGCCUGCCCAGUCCCCCACUCUUCCUUCAUUUCCACAGAGAUCUCACUCAGCCAAGAACCUUCUCCUUACACCAGUGUCAUCAGGGACAGAAAAACCCACACAAGAUGAUGACCAAUUUCGCAUUCCUUAUCGUUCACAGUCCGUCACUGAUGCUUCCAGGGGUAUGUUAGAUGUUCAACUAACAGGCCCAAAUAAGAUGCCCUCUCAGCAUAGUGUAAACAUAAGCCAGCAAAGCACAAAGAAACCAUCCACGGGGGGAGUGGAGUUUGCCAGUCCUCAGCGUCCAGUCAGACGACAGCGCACUCCUUCAGUGGAGAAACUUAGAAAGAGGGAGUCUUCGCUGGAGCGGAACAUGGUUCAGAGAGAGUCUUCAGUGGAGCGUAGCAUGGCUCAGACACCCCAUUCUGACCCAGGCUAUGGGAGUGUGGGACCCAGUCCUAUACUCCACUCGGUGCUUGUUUCUACGGGAACACACGUGUGUGACUCCACCUACAGCUCAAUGUCCAGUACAUCAUUCUCCGUAUGUCGCCCAGAUUCCGCUCACAGCGUGACUAGCGACGGAAUCAUUCCCAGUCCCAUGACAUCACCACGAUUCCAGACGUCCACACCGUAUCAUCUCAAGUCCCCGUGCGUAACGCCAAACCAAGGUCCAGCCAAUAGUGAAGGUUUGCCCAUCCAGUCCUUUAUGCCUAUACAAGGUUCAUCAUUAAAGAUAGACAAUAGCAAAGUGACGCUCAUUCGGCCCGUUGUGACUAUAGCCAGUCAGACUUCACAAAGUGCCAUAGCAGGACAAGUUGUUAUGGGGGAUAUGAUUGAUGAGGAAACUGUCCAAUCAAAAACCAUGAAACAAGCUCCGCCAUCUUACAGUGCAGCUAUGCAGGAUAUGGAAAGGAAGUCUAAGAAAGGGAACAAGCAGGGGGCAUUUAAAACUUUACAAACCCCCAUAUUGAACCUCACAGAUGACAACACCCUGUCUGGACCCCCACUGUCAGGAACUGUAAGCAGCCAAUCGUAUUACUUCUCUGACAAGCUAGCCCAGCUCUCUAAGAAAACCCAUGCCUCGGAAAGUAAAAAAGUGAAUGAAAAAACAAUUAAGAGAGAUCAAAGUAUAAAGCAAAUACUUGGUGACCUUACUUCACCCAUUGACCUCCAGUACCCAGGUCAAGGUCAGAGUAAGCUGCCGUCCCUGGCUCAGCUUCCCGACGCUAAUUACCAGGGCGACCAGCCCAAUGUCAACAUGUUUGAUAUCGAGGGAAUUGUAGCAUACAAAAACUUCGAGAGAGAUGCGAGUCUAUCCUCAGAUUUAUUAGACAUGAGACAGAGUGGUGAGGGGGAGAAAGAGCCAGGACUCGAUGACCAAUUUACCGCGAGGCGGAACCUGAAUGAAAUGCUGGGGCAUGACUUAAACGGUGAUGACCUCCAGGCAACCUUGGAUGACCUUAAAGCAGUGGACAGCCAGUAUUUUGCAGACAAUUUUGAGUUUGGAUCAGAGAAAAGGCAAGAAAUAUGAGAGGUGUUGAAUUAAGUGUAUUUUGUUUUGUUAGGACCAAAUGAUUUUUUUUAGAAAUACUAUUUGAAAAAUUUUAUAAAAUUAUUCUAUUAUUUUAAUUUUUUUUCUAUUUAUUAUGGAAAUUUCAGCAUUUUGCAUGACUGAAUCAUUUCUUUAUUAGUAAUGUAUUUUUAGGAAAAAAACUUUUACAGUACUUUUGAGUGACUUUUAUUGUUUGUGUCUAUAGAGCAACCA